AGACAAGGUGCGGCGCUAAUUUCAAGACGUCAGUUUUUUUGCAUGACGGGAUGAAGCGUAGUAAACGUGGUGCGUUGCCGACACCGUCCUCUUCAACGCCGGCCACAUCAAGACGUAACUUGGAGCUUUCACCGGCUUUUUCCUGCCUUAGGGAUUCUGAUACAGACAAUUCCAUAGAAAACUGUGGAUCACUAAACUCUCCUGUGUUAAAGGGUUGCCAUUUUCCUGUAAGAUGUUCCCCUCUGGGGUCUGAUGAGCCAUCUAAAAGGAGCUUUUAUGAAGAGACCUCCUCUCCAGAUGGUCAUGCAUACAAUCCAGAUAUGUCAGGUGUAUCAGUUGGUAAAGGUUAUUUGAGUGACCACUUGCAGCACAGUCUAUCUUAUGCUCGUUGCAUGGAACAGCGUGCACUUAACAUAUCUACGCGUUUAACACAGACAGCAAAUUUAAUGAUGAGUCCACAGUUUCUUUUCGAUACAGAAGCUCGUUUGUCAAAUGACAAAUCGGAUUGCAAGUCUGAUGAAUUUAAAAAGCUUUCAUUGGUUGAUGAUCUAAAUGUACAGUCUUAUUUGACUAUUAGUCAGCAAACCACAUCGACUGUAGAACGGUAUGCCCGUCUUGCAGAUGUCUGUCCCGAUCUUCUUAACAGACGUACUGUGAAUAGAUUCAUGAUGCAACGCACACCUGGUGAAAAUCAACAAGAAGAACGGCCCAUAGGGAUGAACCCUAUAUUCAACUGCAGCACUCUUGCGGGAUCAUUUUCAAACUUAGUGGAUAUAUGUCGGACAAGAUUGGCAGUAUUGUAUAAAGCUCGGCACCGUUUGAGUGGCGUUCUAUACUGUUUGAAGAGAUCACGCUGCGACUUUGAGAUGGAAAAUUAUGGUGGCAGUUCUUCUAAAGAAAUGCUUAAUGAAGUACAAGCCUUAGCAUUACUGCAGCACACAAACAUCAUUCGUUUUUACAGUUCUUGGUACGAGGCUGAUUCAAUCUAUACACAGUUGGAACUGUGUUUAGGUGGAAGCUUAUUCAAUCUACUACAUCCAGAUAGACAACAUGACACGUCUGAGGCUGUAGCCGUCACUCCUAGAGUUUGCAUUGAUGAAGGCGACAACCCUUCCCCUAAAUCUGAUUUAUCAUCCGAUACAAACCGUAACUAUCUUUCAGAAAAACCCUUAAUCAUAUUGGCAUCAAAUAUCCUUAGUGCUCUUCACUAUAUGCACACUUAUUGGUCAAUGGUUCAUGGUGAUGUCAAACCGAGUAAUGUGUUAAUACAAUUAAGCAGACCAGAAGCCUACUUAGCAUCUGCACAGGAUUCUAUAGAAAUGGAUGCUAAGCGUUACUGUCAUAAGCUUCUGCUUGCUGGUGAUACUACAGGAAUAGUCUUUAAGUUGUCUGAUUUUGGUCGGGCAUCUCGAGCUGGUGAAGAUCGUGAUGGAGAAGAUUUGGGUGACGGACGAUAUCUCCCAAGAUUGAACGAUCCCAGUCCGCCAGCAAGGGCUGCUACUGGUCGUGACCUGUAUGCCCUAGGCAUCACACUUUACCAUUCAGCCGGUGGGCCAAUGUCUGCAUCUGUUUGGGAACAGCUUCGUGAGACAGAUUGUCUACCCGACCUCUCUGUGCUCCCAGUUUCUCUGAGACCAGUUGUCAAAAGUCUCCUCAGUCCUCUUGCCCAGGAUAGACCAACGGCAUCUGAACUCCUAAAUUACCCAUUGUUUCGUUCUCAUGUAAAUACUCGCCCAGAUGAGGAUGACGGUAGCACGGAGUAUACUAACGCGAGAUCAAAUACCCACAACUUCUACAGUAUUCAUACCGCAUAGACGAAUCGCCUCCUCUAACUGAGUCUAGAAGGUCUGUGCGCCUGAGAAAAUAUAUUCUAUGGAGUAAAUUUCACCAAAGAUAAAAAGCCAUUUUGAAACAAUAAGAGCUCGAAAAAAUUAAAAUGUUUAUACAAGAAGCAGUAAUCCUACCAUUUCCAUACUAUUGUUAUUAACAAAUGCAUUUCAUUAUUUUGCACAAUGAUCCCCACCAUUUGCAACAAUCUAACAGUUGCUUACAAGUACAAGGCCUGUAACUCAUUGUGGCACCACACGUCUUUUGAUACCAAAUGUUGCUUUCAUUAGGCUUUACCAGUUUAAUGUGAAUGGAAACACCUUAGUCUUUCUGCCAAUCACGGAGUCACGGACUAUGUCAAAGUUAAAUAACUUGCAUCAGAGUGUGCAAGCGAGUUAGUGUACAAAUGACCCCGAAGCGAUUAGUCACAGUAUAACAGGUUAGGGCCGUAUACUAAUGAAAAAUAUUUUUAAAAAUGUAUGAUUAGUAAGCAGGACACUUUUUUCUCGAAAGAAACUGAACACCUUUUCGUUUUCUAUAGGAGUAUCGAUGUGCAUAGAGUUAUGAGUUAAUAUUAAUAAAAAUCCAAAUCAGUGAGAUGAUAGUGU